UUUUUUUUUGUUCCCUUUUUGUCCUUAUCCCCCCUUUUUUUUCUUUUUUCUUGUUUCUUCGUUGUCCAUUUAUAUAUAUUUUUUUAACUUUCAAACGUGACUAUUCUCUUGUCCCUUUAAUAUCUGCAUAUACAUCUUUUAUGAUCAACUUGGAAGAAUAUUUCAAGGACCUUGGGCUUGGCAUUCAAGGGCGAACUAUGGUAGCUUUGAAACCUUUUCCUGCUGGCUCAGUAUUAUGGGAACAAGCACCUUUGACUCAAGUACCUUUACCAUCCGUUCGUCGUCAAAGAUGUAAUUAUUGUUUACGUCGAGCAUCUUUACAAUGUUGUGGUCGUUGUCGAUCUGCCUAUUUUUGUAGUAAUACUUGUUUCCGAAAUGCCUGGCUACACUAUCACCAUGUUCUUUGUGAACCUCUGGAAUACGAUACUUAUACCAACGUGGAUGCGGAUCGAUGGCUCUUGGAACGUGCCGCCUUGACUCUCCACAGUCACGCCCGUCUGAAUAAGCACAAUUCUCAUUCUCCGCCUCAUCUCAAGUACGCUAUUCAAGCUUUGGAAUUACAUCCACCUCCUCCACCUGGUCUUUCAGCUACUCAUCAUGCUACGACUACAACAACAAACGGCAAUCAUAUAUCCACAAUUCGAUUACCAUCCACUACACCAGGCGCUAUCACUACAUCAUCUCCUUCCGUCCCUAUUGAUUAUAAUGCGGUAUCCGAAAUGAUGGCCCCCUUUGAUUGUCCGUUUACUCCUGCCGAACUAUCUUCUGUACAAGAACAAAUCACUCUCUCAAGAUUUGAUAUUUUGGAUCCUGAGCAACAUAUGGACAAGGUUGGUUAUGGUGUUUAUCCUCUUACUACUCUUUAUGUACAACAUUCAUGUCGACCCAAUACUGGUGUCGUUUACCGUCAAGAUAAACAACGUUUAGUGACUUUGGAUGAUAUCUCACCAGGGGAUCUUAUCACUAUUAGUUAUGUGGAUUUGACUUUACCAAGGCAAGCUCGAAUGGAUGAUUUACAACUUCGUUUUGGUCCUGAAUUUGAUUGUACCUGCUCUCGAUGCCAGAACGAAUUCUCAUGUUUGGAUACUUUGUUGGAACGAGGUGAAAUCGGACAACCUGGAUACUUACGACUGGAUCAAGCAUCAACAGUGUUGGAAGAGGAUAUCAAGGAAUGGAAUAUUUUGGAUUCAAUCAAACAAUCAAUCGGUAAAGAUUUCGAUGGCACCCUUGCACCAGAAACAAGAUUACAUCCAUCAGAAUUCUCACACUAUGUCUGCCAAGCGAUUGCACCAGAAAUUUAUUCAGAAGGAACGGAUGCUGUUGUAUCACGACAUUUGGGUGUCAACACAUUGGAAACAUUCUCAGCUUUUGCAAAGGAUUCAAGGAAAGAAUUUACAAAAGGUAUAAUCCCAGUGAUUCAUUCUCUUUCAAAUUGCGAUACUGUCCCUGCUUUUACUGUCAACAUGGUACGUGCAGCUGAAGUGGCUUUACGACAAUAUAUGGAUCAACAAAAAUGGUUGGAAGCAGCAAAAUGUGCAACAUAUCUUUUUGUAGUUUAUCGUCUAGUAUAUCCUCCUUUACAUCCUGUAUGCUCCUUCCAUGCAAUUAUCUUGGCUAGAACAUGUUGGAAUUCCUUGGUACAAUUGGAAUUGGCUGGUAUAGGUAACAAAUUGGAGAAGAUUUAUAUGCAUGGUAUUCGUACUUGGAUUGAUAUUGCUCGAGAUUCAGUACUUCUUUCCUUUGGUCAAGAAUCAAGUUUGUGGCGUGAAAUUGUCGAUUUACAAUGGGUCUUUGAACGAGAUCAAAAAUUACGAUAGAUAUCUUAUGAUUCCCUCUUCCUUUUUUUUUUUUUUUUU